AUUAAGACAUCAUCUAUUCUCUUUCCCUAACCUAUUCCAGUUUUCCUAACCCUAAACACAGCAGCGCCGCUCGUUCUUCUUCCUCCUCUUCAUCUGAUUUUUUGUCUGUUCAUUUCUUGAUUGCUAUCAAACGUAAAAAAAAAUAUUAGCUACCAGAAACGGAAAAUUUCCCAGUUUGAUGCCUUGUUUUGAUCAAGCAAUGCACUGAUAUCUUAUUCUUCAAUAUUUUUUAGUGGAAGGUGAAAAUAUUAGCUAGAAAUUAAAUGGGUCGAGUUCCGCCUCCUCCUCAACAUCUAAGACGUCCUCUUCCCGGGGGUGGCAUGGUGCAUCCCGAUCCAUUUGGCUCAGGACUACGUGGCCCUCCUCCCGGCCCCUUUCCGGCAUUUGACAUGUUGCCACCGCCGGAAAUUUUGGAGCAGAAACUUGCUGGCCAGCAUGUGGAGAUUCAAAGGCUUGUAACAGAAAAUCAAAGGCUCGCUGCUACACAUGUGUCACUCAGACAGGAGCUUGCUGCUGCGCAACACGAAUUGCAGAUGUUGCAUAAUGAUAUAGGAGUUUUUAAGGGUGAAAGAGAACAACAAAUGAGGGGGCUAAUGGAUAACAUUGCCAAGAUGGAGGCUGAGUUAAAAGCAGCGGAGUCUAUUAAAUCGGAGUUGCAGCAAGCGCGGGCAGAAGCUGAGAAGUUGGUUGGAGCGAGACAGGAACUUAUGUCUAAUGUGCAUAAAUUGACACAGGAUCUUCAUAGGGCUCACACGGAUGCACAGCAAAUUCCUGUUUUGAUUUCAGAACAUGAAAGCCUCAGAUAUGAGUAUCAGCGACUCAGUGUUGCAUUUGACUACGAGAAGAAGUUAUUGAGUGACCACCGUGAGUCACUACAGGCCAUGGAGAAUAGUUAUGUUACAAUGGCCAGGGAAGUGGAAAAGCUUCGUUUGGAACUUGCUAAUAGAGCUAAUGCUGAUAUAAGGACAGCUGCUGGUGUGCCUUAUGGUGGUGCAACUGGGAGUAAUGAGAAUGAGACUUCUGGUCGUACUAUGGGACAAACUAAGUAUGAAGAUGGAUAUGGUGUUCCACAAGUCCAGCAGGGACAAACUGCUAUUCCUGGCAACUCUGGUUCUGCCGCUGUCAGUGCUACUGCAUCUGCUAAUGUCGGUACUGGUGCCGGUACUCCUACUUACACUGGAGCUCAGUCUGGCUCUGUACCUGUGAAAUCUACCUAUGACCCACAACAGAGGGGCCCUAAUUACGAUGUAACAAAAGUCCCCGGCUAUGAUCCAUCCAGAGGCUCUGGUUAUGAUGCACAGCAAAGAGUUUUCGCUUAUGAUGCUCAGAGUAUGCAGAGAGGACCCGGAUAUGAUACGCAGAGAGGAACUGGCUAUGAUACGCAACAAAGAGUUUUCGCUUAUGAUGCCCAGAGAAUACCCGGUUAUGCACCCAGAGUACCAGGUUAUGAUAUGCAACAAGUACCUCAUUAUGAUCUAUCCAGGGUUCCUGGCUAUGAUCCAGCAGCAAGAGGUGCUGCUGUGCCGCCUCAUGGACAAGUAGCACCUGGAAAUAAUGUGGCUUAUGGGUCUGCAACACCACCAACUCGAGCUGUAAGUGGGUAUGAAGCACCAGCUCGAGGCGAAAACCCUGUUCGGAGAUGAGUACUUGGAUAAUGCACUUGUAUCAAAUUCUACGGCUUUAUACAGGUCGAGCACGGUCAUCUAAUAUGUUGCCAAUUUAUACAAUCUGUAUUCGGCCAUUUGCAGCUGCACAGUUUUGUUCCGAUCUUACAUUGAGCACAUCACGUCGAGGAGGGAUUCCAUUUGCUCAUUGAUUCUAGACGGAUUCCAUUUGCUCAUUGAUUCUAGACUUGUGUUCACGUGCUAUUAAGUUUCUCGGCUGGGGUGAUAUUUGCUGCUUGAAUCUCAUGCUUCUGUGUAUUUAAUUUGAGACUUUGACACAAGAGGCAUCUAAGUUGCCUGUAGCUGAAUUAGAGUUAUAUUUAACAGAAAUUUACACGUACAGAAUGUGAAAAUUAUAAAUUUGUAUUUUUUGAGGACCUACUAAGUGAUUUAAGUUGAAACUGCACAUAUUUUUAUUAACAA